AUGCUCGUCUGGUGCUGCGGGCUUACGUACAACGCCGUGUACCUGGGCCUCAACUCCGAAGCACUGCCGUCGCUGUUCGAGGCGGACGAGCCGGACGCCGGGGAAUCCGAAGUGUCCCUCACUGACCUCGGCAGCCUGGCGCUUAAGGCCCACCCGCGGGUCAUAACACCGGCGUCCCUCACCGACGCACUCACGGAGGUCUGCCACCGGUCGCAUUCAGUGCUCACCACCCUACUAGGCUUCGGCCACGCAGGUGGCAUCUACGCCGUGGACUUCAACACCAACCACGGAGGCCUGCUGUAUCCCUGUGACAUGGAGACGCUGCUCUGCCUGCUCUUCGACGUCCUCAGACGCCUCCACCACCAGCUCUAUUUCCUCUACCGCCGGUGCCUCUACAACGCCCGGCACGGCGGAUGGCUCGACUGCUGGUACGGCCGGGGCGUCGGUGGCUCAGCGUGGAGGUGCAACACCAUGCAGUGUGCCAACCAAAUGUGUGACCAACAGUGCAACCAAACACACAACCAAAUAUGCAACCAAAGCUGUGACCAACACCCCAAGUGCGGCGUCAAGUCGCCGCUCCAGUCGUUCCUAGAGGACGGCCUGGUGGGCUUCCUGCCUCACGCUGUUACACCCAAGGACACCUGUGUCAAGUGCUCCGCCUGUGACACCAAGUCACCCGGCCUGCCCUGCAAGACGCCCAUGGGCCUAUCCAACAUUACCUGGCUGGCCUCCGGUGCCUCCCAAGGCCGACGCAUCAUGGACGUUCUCGGCGCCUUCUGCGGCGGCGCAUCGUCGCCCCUCGCCAGGCUCUGCGGCUCCCUGAGUUGCCUCUUCACCCGACCGCCACGCACGCCAGACGAGCUGUUCGCCUUUUACUACAAUUUCCUCUGUAACUGGACUCAGACCGGCGAGCACCGGAAGGAAGCCUUCGAUGACGCCGGCGGCGCUGCGUGCUUCCGGCAGCGGGGCGUGACACUGGACGUCAGUACAAUCUUCCGCACCAGCAACCACGGCUCCGGGACGGACAUCCCUCACCUCACCGGAGAUCUCUUCUCCCUCGUACAGUGCAACGGCACUCCAGGUUCCGCUCCGUCACACCCCUGCGGCCCCCACCUCAAGCCCCUCAGCCACGACGUACGCGCCACCUUCUCCAAGGAACACGCCCACCUCUACCUCUCGUGGAUAGUGUACCUCACGGAGACAUUCUACGACCUGCUUAAGCAACUGCUCCAAGACUGCGAGCGCACCUGCGCCGACGCCACGUCCGUCUACCACGCCAGGAGCUGCGACAACCAAUGCCAAGCCAAACGACGGCCAAUGGGCCCGAGCUCCAAUCACACUGCCGACUGCCCCUCCAUCGCGGACUGCGACUCCACCACGCCCACGCUCUUCCAGUACGGCUUCGUGCACAGGGAUUCCCACAGCCUCGCCGGCUCCACCAGCGGCCACCCCGCCAAGCGGACCUGCGAGGAUCUCUGCCAGGCACUGCAAGUCGCCGUCAAGCAGAUGAACCCUCUCCACAAGCUGGCGCACGACACCAUCCCCGAGUUCCUCUACCACAUCCGUGCCCCCUUCCUCUUCACCCUGUUCACACUCUGGCUCACCGCCACGCUCUACAUCGCCCACUCACUCCUCUACCGCAUGGACGUCCUCCGCAUCCGCUCCCACCUCCUCACCACCAGGGCCUCCCACCUCAUCGACGUCAAGGCGCUGCUCGCCGGCAGCCGCAGGAUGCUCUCGCUCUACCGUGACGUUGAUUACUUCGACGACGACCUUCACUCAUGA